AUGCACAAGUCCCAAAACGUCGAAAAUAAGACCGUCCUAGUCGAAGAGGUUGUGCGCGAUUUUGAUAAAAAUGAAGUUUUCGAGGAGAUAACGGCUAAGUUUACCUGGGAGCAAGACGUCGAGCGAUCAUGGAACCUGCUGGUGGAAAACAACGGCAUUCUGCAGCACGUGAGUCAGGAAAACUUGGAAGAAAAAGGCAAACAGAAAUAUAAGAAGAAUCAGGUCUGCGCUUUGAGGAAAGGAAUAUUCAGGCACAUCAUCAUCCUGUUCGAUAUGUCCAGCAGCAUGAAGGAGAGGGACUUCAAGCCCGACCGGAUAAACGUCGUCCUCGAGUGUGUGGAGAACUUCCUGACGCACUUCUUCUUCAAGAACCCCGUGGGGCACGUCGGGGUGGUGGCCCUGAAGAACAGCUCCGCGAAAUUAAUCCAGCCGCUAACCUCCAACAUGGAGGACAUCACCAACGCGCUGCUAAAGGAGAGGAGCAUGGGUCUGCAGGGAUCUCCCUCCCUACAGCAGGGACUCGAAAUUGCCCACGACUUGUUGAUAGAUAUCCCCCUCUACGGGACGAAAGAAAUUCUAAUCAUGUAUGGCUCCAUAAGAACAUGCGAUAAAAAAAACAUUCUAAACAUUCUAAACCUAAUAGUAAAAAAUAAUAUGCAUGUAAACUGCGUGUCGAUAGCCCCAGAAAUGCAUAUCCUAAAGCACAUAUGUGAGCAGACAAAUGGAUCCUACAAAAUCUGUAUGACGAAAAAUUCCCUGAUGAAUGAAAUGAAUAACAUCACGGAGACCCCCCUGUGGAUGAUGGGAAUGGAGCCGCAACUCAUUCAUAUAUGUUUUCCCAUAAAGAAAAAAAUCAGCACCCAAAUCAUGUGCUCCUGUCAUAACAACUUAAAUACAGAUACUUAUAUUUGCAACUUUUGCAAUAGCUACACGUGCAAGAUACCAUCCAAAUGUAAAGUCUGUGGGAUGCACCUGAUUUCGAUGCACGACUUGUCUCAUAUUACGAAUAACCUUCAGGGGUCUCCACUUUUUCUAGAAAUUAAAAAUGAGGAGAAGGGGCCCAGCGUGUGCGUCUCCUGCAACAAGCGCCUCUACGAUAAGGUCUCUCAGUGCUCCAAGUGCGGGAACCUCUUCUGCCUCGCCUGCGACUUGUACAUUCACGAAGAUCUCAACCAGUGCCCCUUCUGCCUGAUCCAGGACACGUGA